UGUGCUUCCUUUUAGGUUUUUAACAAGCUCAUCAGGCGUUACAAAUACUUGGAGAAAGGGUUUGAGGAGGAGAUUAAAAAGCUGCUGCUGUUUCUCAAGGGCUUCACAGAGUCUGAGCGCAACAAGCUAGCCAUGCUAACAGGAAUUCUGCUGGCCAACGGCAAUCUCUCUGCGGCCAUUCUUAGCAGCCUCUUCAAUGAGAACCUAGUCAAAGAAGGUGUUUCAGCGAGCUUUGCUGUAAAACUCUUCAAAUCCUGGCUUUCUGAAAAGGACAUCAGCUCUGUUUCUGCCAGUCUCCGAAAGGUUGGCAUGGACAGCAGGCUCAUGGAGCUGUUCCCUGCCAACAAGCGCAGUUGUGAGCACUUCUCAAAGUACUUCUCAGACGCCGGACUGAAGGAGCUUUCGGACUUUGCCAGAAACCAGCAGUCCAUAGGUGCCCGCAAGGAGCUGCAGAAAGAGCUUGAGGAGCAGAUGUCACGUGGGGACCCCCUCAAAGACAUCAUCGCCUACGUCGGAGAGGAAAUCAAGAAGAACAACAUCUCGGAGCAGACGAUGAUCGCACUAAUUUGGGCCAGUGUAAUGAGCUCCGUGGAGUGGAACAAGAAGGAGGAGCUGGUCACAGAACAAGCCAUCAAACUUUUAAAGCAAUACAGCCCACUGUUGAAGGCUUUCACCACCCAGGGCCUCUCUGAACUCACUCUCCUGCUGAGGAUCCAAGAGUACUGUUACGACAACAUCCACUUCAUGAAGGCCUUCCAGAAAAUUGUUGUGCUGCUCUACAAAGCGAAUGUCUUGAGUGAGGAGGCAAUUCUGAAGUGGUACAACGAAACCCACGUUGCCAAAGGAAAGAGCGUUUUCCUUGAACAGAUGAAGAAGUUUGUAGAAUGGCUCAAAAAUGCAGAGGAAGAGUCCGAGUCUGAGGAAGAAGAAGCAGACUGAGGACCUCUAGCUAAACCUACCAUCUUGAUUUGUAUUUUUACAUACAACAUAGCACCAGGUGCAGUAGAAGGACGUACAGAAGUCUGUCUGUAUUUAGAUGUUUCCUUCUCUAUUCCCUCCUUCCUAAUAUAUAGUUCAACUGUAAAGUAAGGGCUUUAAUAUUCUUUUAAUUAUCAACAUGUUUUCCGUUGUUUCAAUACUUGUGCUCUUUACUCCCUCAGGAGCCGGUCACAGUGCUAAAUAGAUUGAAACCCCUUUCAUGUAAAAAGGGGGCUUUUUUGGACAGAUUGUUUCCUUUAAAAUGUGCCAGUUUGUAGGCAUAUUUUACAGCUAUUGCAUUUAGUCAUGGCACUCUUAUUUGCCAGAGGUCCAUCUGUUUAGCCAUGAUAUCUUGGUCCUCUCAAAGGCAAACAGUUUUUUGUAACCUCAUUAUACAGUUCUGCCAAUUAUGUGACAACUUGGAAUUGUUUGCCAGUUUUUAGAUUCUGUCUCCGUUAUUGGUGAUGGAGAGGUGCCAUUUCAAACAGCAAUGCCCCAUAAAAUGAACUUUAAUUGUUCUCUAUAUCGUGUGUAACAGAACCAUGCAAGCAUUGUAUUUUUUUUUCCCCCUUUACCAUACAGUUUAAAAUAAAGGGAAAUUAAUGGUU